AUGUCAGACGCCGAGUUUGAGGCCAUCAAACGCCUUCAGUCAGAGCGUAAUGCUCUAGCUGCGGCAAAAAAAGGUUCAAAGACUUUUGAUCCAUCCAGCCAGCGAACUGACUUUUCCACCAAGGCUUCCUUGACCGAAUCCUUCGACACCACGCUCUAUGAACGGAAUGGGACAGAUAAAUAUGCUGGCUACAACACUUCUAUCGCCGUCGACGGUGACGAUGAAGACAUGCCAGACGCUGAUGCCGAUCAAGGCCACCGGCUUGUUGGACAAUACACCGCAAGCAAAGAUCAAAUGAGCGAGUUCGCUAGCGGGAAAGGUGUUGAAGAAGAAGACAUCCUUCUGGGUCGCGAGAAAGCUGCUAGGAUUUCAGAGCGGGAAUCUGACUACCAGAAACGCCGUUUCAAUCGCGGUCCUCUCACCCCGACCCGCGCCGAUCCCUUUGCUGAGAAUAUCAACGCAAAUGUUGGGGCCGAGGGACAGACAUAUCGCGAGAUCAUGGCCCUUCGGGAACUCGAGAAGGAAGAAGAGCGUGUUAAGAAGCUCAUUGCGGAUCAAAAAGUAAAAGGAGAGGGUGACUUUGUCGAGCAUGAGGCUAGCCUGAAAAUCGAUGAGGGCGAUAAAGAAAACCAAGAUGCGGGCUCUGCUAUGGCAGUUUCUACCGGGAGGAAGAGAAAACAGAGAUGGGAUGUAGCGUCAGAAGCCCCCACUGCAAUUGAGAGUACCGAAACUGCUGACGCCAAGCCCAAACGUUCAAGAUGGGACCAGACGCCUGCUCCUGCAGCGCCCACGGAGGCUACCAAACGGAGAUCGAGGUGGGAUCAGGCUCCGUCUCUUACCGCGGCUACACCGGUCGGACAUCAAGGACUUGCAACACCCAUACAUCCCUCACAAACUGCUGUUCCAAUGGUCCCUGUGACUUUUGGGUCAGAUAUCUCCGGUAGAAAUGCACCUCUUUCGGACGAGGAAUUGGAUAUGAUGCUUCCUUCCGAAGGGUAUAAAAUUCUCGAACCUCCCCCUGGAUAUGCCCCCAUCCGAACUCCCGCGAGGAAAAUGAUGGCCACUCCGGCCCCCGUCGCCAAUGCGAGUGGAAUCGGUGGCUUCAUGAUGCAGGAGCCUGAAAAUGCUCGUCUCAUGAGCAAACAGUUGCCAACUGACAUUCCUGGAGUUGGGGAUUUACAAUUUUUCAAAGCUGAAGAUAUGCAAUACUUCGGCAAGCUUGUAGAUGGAGCCGAUGAGAAUACAAUGUCCGUCGAGGAACUCAAGGAGCGGAAAAUCAUGAGACUGCUCCUGAAAGUCAAGAACGGCACCCCGCCAAUGCGAAAAACGGCUCUGCGCCAACUCACCGACAAUGCACGACAGUUUGGAGCUGGUGCUCUUUUCAAUCAGAUUCUACCGUUACUAAUGGAAAAAACAUUGGAGGAUCAAGAACGUCAUUUGCUCGUUAAAGUCAUUGAUCGUGUUCUGUAUAAGCUUGAUGACCUUGUUCGGCCAUACGUCCAUAAGAUCCUUGUUGUCAUUGAGCCGCUCCUUAUCGAUCAAGACUACUACGCCCGUGUGGAGGGCAGGGAAAUUAUCUCGAAUCUUAGUAAAGCUGCCGGGCUUGCUCAUAUGAUCAGUACUAUGCGCCCUGAUAUUGAUCAUGUCGACGAGUACGUCCGAAACACCACAGCACGAGCAUUCGCCGUGGUGGCUUCCGCCCUGGGAAUCCCAGCCUUGCUUCCUUUCCUAAGAGCUGUUUGCCGAAGUAAGAAGUCAUGGCAAGCCCGACAUACAGGUGUUAAGAUCGUGCAACAGAUUCCCAUUCUUAUGGGUUGUGCGGUUCUGCCGCAUCUGCAAGGCUUGGUAGACUGCAUUGGGCCAAAUCUCAGUGACGAACAAGCCAAAGUCCGGACUGUAACCAGUUUAGCUAUUGCUGCUCUCGCAGAAGCCGCUAAUCCCUAUGGUAUCGAGAGUUUCCAGGACAUCCUUGGCCCGUUGUGGAUGGGUGCCCGAAAGCAGCGUGGUAAAGGCCUUGCAGGUUUCCUUAAGGCUGUUGGGUACAUCAUUCCUCUCAUGGAUGAAGAGGGUGCAAACUACUUUACGAGCCAAAUCAUGGAAAUAAUCCUGCGAGAGUUCUCUUCCCCGGAUGAAGAAAUGAAAAAGGUAGUUUUGAAGGUCGUGUCUCAGUGUGCAGGUACGGACGGUGUUACAGCAGCUUAUCUCAAAGAGCAUGUACUCCAAGAUUUUUUCAAAUGCUUCUGGGUGAGACGUAUGGCUCUCGAUAGGAGGAAUUUCCGCCAGGUUGUUGAAACCACUGUCGAUUUGGGACAGAAAGUUGGCGUCAGUGAGAUAUUGGAGAAGAUUGUCAACAACCUAAAGGAUGAAAGUGAGCCAUAUCGAAAAAUGACAAUCGAAACGAUCGAGAAGCUUAUUGCAUCUCUUGGAGCUGCGGAUAUUGGCGAAAGGUUGGAGGAGAGACUGAUCGAUGGCGUGCUUUUCGCAUUCCAAGAACAAAGCGUCGAAGAUAUCAUCAUCCUGAACGGGUUUGGAACAGUUGUCAAUGCCCUUGGAACCCGUUGCAAGCCUUACCUUCCUCAGAUUGUUAGCACAAUCUUAUGGCGGCUCAACAACAAAUCCGCAACAGUUCGUCAACAAGCAGCAGACCUUAUCUCCCGCAUUGCAAUGGUUAUGAAGCAGUGCGGAGAAGACGCCUUAAUGGGUAAAUUAGGCACUUUCCUUUACGAAUACCUUGGCGAAGAAUACCCUGAGGUACUUGGGUCGAUCCUUGGUGCCUUGCGUUCUAUUGUCACCGUCGUCGGUAUCAACCAGAUGCAACCUCCGAUCAGAGAUCUUCUACCGCGGCUUACGCCCAUCCUUCGAAAUCGACACGAAAAAGUACAGGAGAAUACCAUCGACCUUGUCGGUCGUAUCGCCGAUAGAGGUCCAGAGUCGGUCAAUGCACGUGAAUGGAUGCGUAUUUGUUUCGAAUUACUUGACAUGCUUAAAGCUCACAAGAAAGGCAUUCGUCGAGCGGCUAACAACACAUUUGGUUUCAUCGCAAAAGCAAUCGGCCCGCAAGACGUGUUGGCAACUUUACUUAACAAUCUCCGUGUUCAAGAACGUCAAUCACGCGUGUGCACAGCUGUUGCCAUUGGUAUUGUUGCCGAAACCUGUGCACCGUUCACAGUCUUGCCAGCUCUUAUGAAUGAAUACCGUGUGCCUGAAUUAAAUGUGCAAAACGGUGUUCUUAAAGCCAUGUCCUUCCUCUUCGAAUAUAUUGGCGAAAUGGCCAAAGAUUACGUUUACGCUGUCACACCACUUCUGGAAGACGCGCUCAUUGAUCGUGACCAAGUCCAUCGGCAAACAGCUGCCAGUGUCGUCAAGCAUAUCGCUUUAGGUGUCGUUGGCUUGGGAUGUGAGGACGCCAUGGUCCAUCUUCUCAAUCUCCUAUAUCCAAACCUUUUCGAAACGAGUCCCCACGUCAUUGACCGUAUUAUCGAGGCCAUUGAAGCGAUUCGCAUGGCCGUCGGGAGCGGCAUCGUGAUGAAUUAUGUUUGGGCUGGGUUGUUCCAUCCGGCGCGUAAAGUGCGCACGCCGUACUGGAGAUUGUACAACGACGCCUACGUCCAGGGUGCGGAUUCGAUGAUUCCAUAUUAUCCGUACUUACCGGAUGAAGGGUUGGCGAGAAGUGAAUUAGCGAUUGUUCUCUGA